GCGGCCAGGCCCCUCACUCACACAGGUGGCCCCCGGAGGUCGCUGGAGGGGUUUGCAUGGGCAGUGGAGGGGGACGCACCUUCUGUGGUCCAGAUGUGCCACCUUGUGAAAGGGUCAGCAGUGCCCCCCCUGGUCCCCAUUCCCACCCAUCGGCUGUCAUGGAAGUCCAGCCAGCCUGUCCGGGCCAGAGGUCACUCCCCCGGCCUUCCCUCUGGCUGUUUUCUAAGUGGUAACUUUCCUCCCGGGAUCUACCCGUGACCCGCCACACCCUGGCCUGGGUGGGAGCCACCGCCAUGCUCCCGGCCUGGGAAAGGAGAGACACCCUGUGUCCUCUGCUUUUGAAACACCAGACAAAGGCCUGGCCUGCUCCCCCCACCGCCCGGGGAGCCCAGCCAGGGGCUCGGGGGCCAGGGCCUGGGCUUGCCUGCUUCCCGUCCCUCCGUCCCUCGAGGCCUGUUUAUCUGCUUUGCUCUUGCUCUCUUGGCCCAGGGGAGUUUCUCAGGCCUCCUGACAGCAGGGCCUGGGCAGGGUGUGGCCAUGGGAGGGGGCUGCCUAGGGGCAGGAGAACACCCACCCAGAGGAGCAGGCUGAGGGUUGGACCCUAUUGUUCCCUUUCCCACCGCCCUUUUCCUUCCCCACUGAAGAUCCUGAGGCUCAGAGAGGGAUAGCAGCUGCCCCAGGUCACACAGUACCUCCCACACUAGCCCCGCAGCUUCUGGGGCCUAGGUCAGCUGUACCAGGGGCCCUCACUGGGCCAUCAGUUGCUAUGUCUGGGUGGAAGGAGGGCUGGGUGUCUGCAGCUGUGGACAGCCGUGGAAAAAGCUCUCUCCAGCUCCCUGGUGACCGAGGGGUCCUCGAGGUGGACGCUUCAGCCCAGCAGGAGCGGCUGCAGGCCAUUGCAGAGAGGCGGAGGAGGCAGGCGGAGAUCGAGGGCAAGCGCCGGCAGCUGGAGGAGGACAGGAGGCAGCUGCAGCACCUCAAGUCCAAGGCCCUGAGGGAGCGCUGGCUGCUGGAGGGGACCCCUUCCUCGGCCUCAGAUGGGGAGGACAUGAGGAGGCAGAUGCAGGAGGACGAGCAGAAGGUUCAGCUCCUGGAGGGCUCCAUCUCCAGGCUGGAAAAGGAAAUCGAUGUGCUGGAGAACGGGGAGCCGGCCCCUGCCCCCUUGAGAGAGGACAAGGCAGCGUCCAGUCCAGCCCGGACCCUGGCCCCCAGCCCAGCCAAGGAGCAGCCCCGGGGGGGCUUGGUGUGCAGCCCAGAACAGACCCCGCCGGGCACGCCCAAAGCAGAGAAACAGGUGUCCAACACCCCUGUGCGGACCGUCGGAGGCUCCCCCAUGGUGAAGGCAGCCAUGUACUCAGUUGAGAUCACUGUGGAGAAGGACAAGGUGACAGGGGAGACCCGGGUGCUGUCCAGCACCACGCUGCUCCCCCGGGAGCCGCUUCCUCAGGGCAUCAAGGUCUACGAGGACGAGACGAAAGUUGUCCACGCCCUGGACGGCACCGCCGAGGACGGCGUCCACCCCCUGAGCUCCUCCGAGGUGGACGAGCUCCUCCACAAAGCAGACGAGGCCGCUCUGAGCGAGGCGGGGUCCACCGCUGGGGCAGCCGAGGCCGGGGGGCCCGCGGAGGCGAUCCGGUCCACGCCUGCCCGGCGCGAGAUCCCCGGCGUGCAGGCUCAGCCUGGCGAGGCCACCUCGGGUCCGCCGGGCACCCAGCCCGGCCAGGAGCCCCCGGUCACCAUGAUCUUCAUGGGCUACCAGAACGUGGAGGAUGAGGCCGAGACCAAGAAGGUGCUGGGUCUGCAGGACGCCAUCACGGCCGAGCUGGUGGUCAUCCAGGAGCCCGCCGAGACCCAGGAGCCCGCCCCGCCCAAUGGCAGUGCCGCCGAGCCCCCUGGCACCGCCGCAGGCGCCAGGGAGGAGAACCAGGUGGGGCCCGAGGCCACCGCCAGCGACCCCCAGGACCUGGACGUGAAGAAGCAGCGCUGCAAAUGCUGCUCUGUCAUGUGAGCCGCCCGGCCCCCACCUUGGCCCCCCCUCCACACCAGACUCCCGCCAGCCCGGCCCCUCCCGGCGCCCGCCCACCCUGCACCCAGACCUCACGGGCCCAGGACCUGCGCGUGGCUUCACGUCCCCGGAGUUUUCUUUCACUGGAGGAGGGACGAGCCCUCGCCCGCCGGCAGCCCCCGCCCUCGGCCUGGACCCCGAGCCGGGCACCGGUGCAGAGAAACAGGCUGGCCUGCUCUCCCAGCGGGGACCCCCGACCGCGGCAGCUUCACGACGGGGCUCGCGCCCACACGGUCCUGGUCGGUGUGGCCUCAGGCCCGCCGCCUGUGCCUUCCUGCCACCUCCCACGAGUUUCUGAGGGGACCAGGAGCCGAGGGUCCCGAGGCCUGGCCGUGGGACUCUCAGGGGCCCUGCCAAAGGCGCUGGCCCCCAUCCCUGGGCCUUGGGGUGAGGCCACGCUUCUUACGGGGCUGGAGGUCUUAGAAUGCAGCACGGGCUCCUCUGGACAUCUCAGCCUGACAGGUGCCCCCACAGGCCCAGCCAGUGGACGGUGGCACGUAGGGCGGGGACUGGGGGGAUGGGCCCCCUGGGGAGGGGUCUGUGACCCCUGGGCUGUGUCCUAGACCGGGAGGGCUGGGGUCUAGGAGCUGCCCCCGGCACCAGGGCCACAGGAGCUGCUCUUGUCCUGAGUUUCUGCCCCCCACUGGGACCUCCUUCCUCCUGGUGCUAAUUUGGGGACCCCAGUGGCCGCUCCUGGCCUCCUGUCCAGCCUGCUUGGACCAGGGUCUUGGGUUCCCCUCACCCGACCCAACAAGUCCGCCCCACCUGCCAGCUCUGCUGGGCUGCGAGCAUUUCUGGGCCGGGGUCUCCCUGGCUGGAGCCGGAGACCCCGUGGGCCCCCCAGCCCAGGGUGGGCCUGCGCACGGCCCUCACUGGAUGUGGCAGGGGCUCCCUGCGGGGACGGCCCUGCGAGGCCCCGGAGGCACCCUCGUGCCCACUCUCCUGGAGCGCUGGCUUUGGCGGCCUCCAGCCCAGGGCCCGCCCUCGGGCCUUCUCUUGGCCAGCGGUCAGCUGCCACAGGGUGACUGCAGGGACCAUGCUGGACGGCAGCUGGGGUCCUGGCUUCAUGGAGCCCCUCCGGCAGCUGGGAGGAGGGGUGGUCUCUGGGGGUGGCCUGGGCAGUGGCCGUGGGACCCUCUCUUCCUCCCUGGAAUCUGCCCGAGCCCCUCGAGCCGCGAGCCUCCGCUCAAGUGCCCUUGCUGCCCUCCGCUUCUGAUGUGUGAUGAGGCCCCGAUGUUCUCGACUUUCCCAGAGAAGCAAAUAAACAGUGCGAACAGCCCA